CGUCUUUUUUUGCAGCGUCCGGUCAUCUCGUGCAGAUUUGCUAAAAUGGCGUCAGCUCCCGAUUACAGCUCCUACAGCCAGACUGGUGCUCAGCAGGGGUAUGCCUCCUAUGCUGCCCAGCCAUCACAAAAUUACGGGCAGACGGCUCAGCAAGGCUAUGGUCAGCAGAAUUAUGGAGCAUAUGCUCAACCUGCUACACCUACUGCAGACAGCAGUUACACCCAGGCUGCCCCUGCAGCUGGAGGAUACCCUCAGCAGCAGCAGCAGCAAUAUGGAUCCUCAUAUGGCCAGCAGGCGUCAGCUGGAUAUCCUGCAGCCCAGUCUGCUACUCAUGGCUAUACACAGACAGCCCAGGGUUACGGAGCCAGUGGUUAUGAUAGUACACCUGCAGCAGCUGCUACUGCUUCAGCUCCCACUCAGUCUUAUGGCACUCAGCCAGGCUACACUGCCCAGUCUGCCUAUCCUGGAUAUGGUCAACAGGCUGCUCCUUCUGCACCUCAAAGUUAUAACGCAAACAGCCAGCCUGCUGGUUACAACCAAAGCAGCUACUCGCAGCCUGCAUCAUAUGGACAACAACAACCUGGUUACCAGGGUCAGCAGGCAGGCUACAGCCAGCAGCAGGCUUACCAACAGCAGACACCACAGCAGCAGCAAGCUCCUCCUGCCUACCCUCCUCAGGGUGCUGGUUCCUAUGGACAGCCUGCAGCCAGUCAGUACAGUCAGCAAGGAGGACCGCCCAGUUAUGGCCAGUCGGGACAUUACAAUAACUACAGACAGGAUAGCCAAGGUGGGGGAUCAGGUUACCCAGGUUCUGAGUCCGGAAGGUACCCGGGUGGGGAAAGCAGGGGUCCUGGCAGAGAUGGCUUUGACCGAGGUGGAAUGAUGCAUCGUGGGCGUGGAGGCAUGGGUCGUGGAAUGGGCAGCGCCGGAGACAGAGGUGGCUUCAGUAAGCCUGGUGGACCUAUGGGCGAUGAACGUGAAAUGGGACGUCCAGAAGAGCAGGAUGACUCUGAGAACAGCACUAUUUACAUCACUGGAUUGACCGAGAAGGCCAACAUAGAAGAAAUGUCUGAGUUCUUUAAACAUGUCGGCCCAAUAAGGAUGAAUCGUCGACUGGGUCAUGCUGCAAUCAACAUUUACACAGACAAGGACACAGGAAAGCCAAAGGGAGAUGCCACUCUGUCUUAUGAGGAGCCCAUCUGUGCCAAAGCAGCUGUGGAGCAUUUUGAUGGAAAAGAGUUUCAAGGCCGAAAACUUAAGGUGUCCAUGGCUCGCCGAAAACCUAUGAUGGGGGGAAUGAGAGGUGGCAUGCCCAUGCGUGAUGGCAUGAUGGGUCGUGGAGGUAUGAUGGGUCGUGGAGGAGAGCGUGGUGGUUUUGGUCCACGAGGAGGCCCACGUGGAAUGAACAGAGGUGGACCAACRGGAGCCAACAUGCAGCAGAGAGCUGGAGACUGGGAGUGUCCCAAUCCGGGUUGUGGCAACCAGAACUUUGCCUGGAGGAUGGAGUGUAACCAGUGCAAAGCUCCCAAACCUGAGGGCUUGGGUGGUGGCCCUCCUUUUCCUCCUGGAGGUGACAGAGGCCGAGGCGGAAUGGGAAUGCACAGAGGCAGAGGAGGUAUGGACCGUGGUGGGCCGGCUGGAGCUGGAGGACCAGGUGGACCCGGAGGUUUCCGUGGAGGUUGGGGAGGUGACCGCGGUGGAUUCAGAGGACGUGGUGGAAUGGACAGGGGAGGGUUCCGCGGUGCCGGGCGUGGAGGACCACCCAUGGACCGAAUGGGUGGCAGAGGGGGAAGAGGAAUGGGACCACCAGGUGGCAAGAUGGAUAUGAGGGAACAUCGCCAGGAGCGUAGAGAGCGACCUUACUGAUGGAAAACUUCUGAACUAGUUCCUCCUGAGGGAUCGAAGUUUUAAAAGAAGUUUUAAUUUAUGAUUCCAUAUUUUGAUGGUUAUAGAACUGCCUUCAAACAAGCUGUGCAGUUGGUCAACUGUUUUUUCUUUUUUAGUUUAUAUAUGUUUAUAUUGCAUUCUGUAUUGUGCAUGUUUUUUUGUUUUUAAAUACGCAGAUUAGGUUUGAUAUAUUGUAAAGUGUAGUUUUUCAUUGGUUGAUGUAUUAACCUCCCUUUCCUGUGACUUACAAUUAAAUGAUAGUUGGUAAAUAAAAUUUUACUCGUUUGA